UGUCUAACCAAACUGGCCACAUACAUAUUUUUUUAACCGAAUAAGUCGUUUGGAGUAUAUACAUAUGUAUGUAUUAUUUUUGCGAUGUUCAUAGAACCACAUAUAAACAUACACACAUAUACGUAUAUUCAUAUUUGGACGCACAGAAGUAGAACAGGUUCCCGGUUGACGUAAGACUUGUCUUCCCGUGUCACAUAUGUAUAACGGCUCGUCGUACAAGAUGACAUCGCAAUACAAAUAUAAAAACAUAAAUAACUCACAAAGCGGCUGCUUGGUAGCAAAAGACCCGCUUAAGAGUGAAAAACCAAUCAUAAUAACAAAAGGUUUGGUAACUGCAGACGUGUUUAUUCAACUCGACUAUUCAUCAAUAGAAAUAAUAAAUAAUAUUAGUGAUUCCUUUUUUUGCCAAAUUCAGUAAGCAAAAAGUUCUGCUUUAUCCACAUUUUCGGUUUCGCGUUGACAACGCUUAUUGCUUUAUAUAAAUACAAGCAACAUUAGCUUCAUUCAUAAGCAGAAACUUAUUGUGCUGGCAAGCCCAGUCUGGAGAAUGCUGGCAUGCCGUAAGGUCUACACAAACGGAUAAACACAAAAAGAGAAAUUCAUAAAACGAAAAAAGAAGCUGACAAUGUUUGCAAUACGCCAACUACUACUGCUCAUCGCCACCGCAAUGGCCGCUGCUGUCACAUGCGACUGCAGCCAAACACUGACUUCACAACUCUUGCAGACCGUUGUGAGCGCACAACCCAAUGACAACGUGAUCGUGUCGCCAAUUUCCAUAGAGACCUGCUUAGCGCUCGCCUACCUCGGUGCUGAAGGUCAAACGGCUGCGGAAUUGGCCACCAGCCUGCAGCUGCCACAAGCCGGCGAUAAGCGUGCUGUUGCACAAAAGUUCGGUAGACUCUUUGAGAAGACCAAAUCGGCGACGGGUACUGCAACAUUCCGGCUGGCCAAUCGCAUUUACAUCGAUGAACGUUUCCAAGUAUCACCACAAUACAAUGCAUACGCCGUCGACCAAAUGCACGCCAACGCGGAGAGUGUGCGAUUUGCUGACGCUGCAGCGACAGCAGCGAACAUCAACAGUUGGGUAGAAGCUGAAACGGAUAAUAAAAUUCGUGAUUUGAUUCCAGCCAACGGUUUGGACGCGAAUACAGCGUUGGUGCUGGUGAAUGCGCUCUAUUUUAAGGCAAAGUGGGUGAAUCAGUUCCACAAUCAUACGACUACGAGACGUCAUUUCCACGAGAGUGCUGCGCGCAAGGUGGAAGUUGAUAUGAUGAAGCAGACGGAUGAUUUUCUCUAUGGCGACUUCCCGGAGCUGGAUGCCACCGCUGUGGAGUUGGCUUAUUUGGAUACAGAUGUCUCCAUGUUGGUGCUGCUACCGAAGAGUGUUGACGGUUUAGCGGAUUUGGAGGCGAAAUUGAAGAGCGUUGAUUUGACAAAAUUGUCGACAGCGAUGCGCACCGAAGAGGUUAUACUACAUCUACCGAAAUUUAAAUUUGAAUUCGAACUUGAGCUGAAACCGGUACUGGAGCAGUUUGGCAUCACUAGCAUGUUCAGUGAUGAAGCUGAUUUCAGCAGUUUGCUGGCAGCGCAAGAAAAAGUGGCCGUUUCCCAAGCUCAGCACAAAGCUUUCAUUGAGGUCAACGAAUCGGGCACCGAAGCGGCCGCGGCUACAUAUUUGAAAAUUGUACCGUUAUCGGCUUCAUUUCAACAACAAACAUACCAGUUCGUCGCCGAUCAUCCAUUCGUAUUUGCAAUUAAAGAUAAUGAAAAUGUCUACUUUGUUGGUCAUGUCACACAUUUCUAAAUUUAAUUGUUGUUAUUUACAACAAACAGACCUAUUUACAUUGUAUAUGGGUAUUUAACUAAACGACAGCAAUGAGUGGACGCUUGUAAAUAUGCUAUGAUGACAUGGGAUUUUACAAGGGCAUAUUCAUUGCCAACGUGAAUUUUAUGUUUCAUUAAAUUUUGUGUAAAACACACAAGAGUUUGAAUAAUGUUAGAUUAAUUAUUGCUAUUAAUUUAAUAAAAUAUAUAUUUUAUGGAAGAUAAUAUAAAUAUACACUUAAAAAAAUAAAAUAAAAAUAUGUAAUCAUACAGUG